GGACCUUCUUGUCCAAGGUGCCUUCAUGCUCAUGGAGAGCCACAAGAGGCAGUAUCGGGAGAUAGCUCGUCUGAAAGAGCUGGAGCAGAAAGCUGCCUCGGACGAUGAGGCGGUAGCUUGCUUGGAUCGGCUCCGGGAGGAUGCCAAGGCCUUGCAACAGAGGGCCGACGAGGCCGCUGCAGCCAGGGACGAUGCCCUGGCCAAACUCGAGGAGAGCCAGAGGGCGCUUGAGGCCGAACGACGCAAAAACGAUGAAGCCAUGAAGGCGAAAGCUGAGGCCGAGGCUGCCGCUGUGAAGGCUGCUGAUGAGGCCGUUAAGCAGUUCCUGGCCGAGGGGUGGAGGGCCGAUGAGCGGCUCUCCUGGUGCUAUAUGAGGUGGUGGCCGCUAAGCUUGAAGAUUGGGGGAUGAACUCCCCCGCCGGCCAGGAGUAUUUUAGCAGGGAGAUGGCCGUGUACUAUAACAUGGGCCAGGAGCGGAUGCAGAGGCUCCUGUGUCGGCGGCUAUCUCGUGCUCUUAAGGCCAUGAAUUAUACUUCCGGGUGGGCUAGACGGAACUUGAAGCUUCC